UUUUUUACGAUUUCCCAAACAGUCGCCAUUUUUAUUAAAGAAGAACACUAGAUUAUAAUCUACAUUAUCUGCUGAAAGCAAAGCGUUCAUUUUGGCAUACCCUUUGCUUUCUUCGCUUCGUUAUUAUUAUAUGAACGAAGAAAGUUGUAUGUGAAUGGACCAUAAUGAAAGUUAAAUUAAAAAUUGUGUAAAAAAAAUAUAUUUAUGAUAUAAAUCGUGCUAUUUUUCUGCAGCAUUGAUAAAGUUGAAAUCUUCAUUUUAAAUUGUUUGUGGUACUUAAUAAUGUUUUCGUUAUUGCUAGGUUGUUUUGUUACGCUAAUGUCAUAUUGGCAGCGCUUCCCUGCGAAAGUAUUACAAAAUGAAAUAAAACAAAAACUUUAUCAAAUGCGUCAUUAUUUCACAAUAAUUUGAAAGAACGAAUAAACACUGUUAUUUUAAACACAAAUUGUACGGUAGAUUACCAAUGGAUAGUGAAUCCAAAUUAUGUUCAGAAAAUUUAGAAAACCUGACAAAUGAAAAUGAACAAAAUGGUUCCUUAAAUCCAGAAAUAGCAAGCAGGGAAAGUGUUGGCGCGCAAUGCAACAAAGAACUUUCCGUAAAAAUGAUUGCAGAAAUGAAUGAAAAUUCCGGCUAUUCGGACAAAAUAGAAGAGGUUAGUAAAUCUGAAGGUUCACGAAAACGAGAUGCUGCUUGUACAGAUCAUUCUAUGUCCAAACGCUGUAAGUUGUCUGAAGAAGAAACCUCAGUAAUAACACCAAAGGCUUAUGAAGAACCCCAGAACAAAGGACCUGAAUUUCAGAAUGACAAAGUAGUAGAGAGUACUGCUGACAGCAAUACGGUAGAAGCCCGAAAUCUGAAAGAGAACAAUUGGGUGGUAAAAGUAAAAGUCGAGUGUACGACUGACAAUAACGAUAAACUUCAUAUCAAUAAUCUUCCUUUUGGUUCUGGAAGUUCUAAUCCGGUUGAUAUUAAACCCGCAGUUAAGGUAGAAAAGGCCGAAGCUAGUUCUACUUUAAGGCAGUCUUGCCGAUUCGGCAUCCGUUGCUAUAGACGAAAUCCAACGCAUCGUUCAGAAGAAGCUCACCCAGGCGAUCACGACUACCGGAGACCUAUUUAUCCACCUCCUCCUAAAGGAACACCUGACUGUUCUUAUGGCGAUCAAUGUUACCGUCGAAAUCCAAUACAUUUUGAGCAGUUCAAUCAUCCUCCAGAAACUGAUUUUGAACAAAAUUACAAAAACUAUCGCCUGCGGCAAAGACGACGUCAACAACAGGGUGAUGAUAAUAUAAAUAAUAACAAUUUUGAACUGGAUGAUGACUUUGAGGAUCCGUUUAAUGAUGACGAUGCAUUCGAUUCAGACUACGAGCCGAAUAGUGAUGACGAGGACGAUGAGGAUUAUGAUGCUUGCGAUAGAGCUGAAGAAUGAUGAUUCCCUAGUUGUUAGUUCUUUUUUUAUAUAUAAGUGUUUAAUUGGUGUAGCAAAUAAUCACAAAAGUAUUUCAAAAAAAUUGUUAGACAUAAAUGAUUUUUAAAUAUAUAACUUGAUAAGUUUAAUAUAGAUCCAAAUAAAUUGCAAUUAUUAAUUUAUAA